CACACCAAACACACUCUUGAGGAGAUCCAUCUGUCUGACAUUCAGCCCAUAAUGGAGACUGCCAUUGGUGUGCUGCUGUCCCAGUUCAAGGCGUAUGCUGGUAGAGAUGGUUCCUCUGACAUGCUGAGCAGGGACGAGUUUCAAAAACUGGUCAAGUCAGAGCUUUCAAGCUUUGUGAAGAAUGCUGGCGACCCUGCUGCCAUUGACCAGCUCCUGAGUUCAUUGGACCAGAACAAUGAUGGAGUGUUAAGCUUCCUGGAGUUCUGGCAGCCGAUUGGGCAUCUUGUGAGCAAGCAUGGGGGGUUCAGCCAAUAGAGUGUCUUCAAAUACUUUUUUUUUUUAAGUUUAAUGUGUGCUACUGAACUUUCUGUGUGCCAUGGAAGAAAAGGGAAACCCUCCAAAAUGGAAAUCACCUCAGCCAGUUUCCUCAGCUUAAGAGGCCAGUGAGUUUACUGACUGCACUAACAAAAGAAACUGUUUAAAUUUACUCAGUAAAAUUGAUUUUUAACAUUUUGCAAAAACAUUUUAAGGGUACAUUUCUAGUGAUGUCUUGAUGUUGAACAUAUGUAAA